CGUUUUUUACGUAUUACUACUACUACUACUACUACUACUACUACUACUACUGCAUUCUAGACAUGAAUCUAGGCAUAGAUAAAUAGACACAGUCCCGUCGAGUAACUCAACCCUUGCUUCUUCGCCAAGUGAGGUGGGCGAAGACGAUGUUUCCGGGGGUCGCGAGGAAUGCAACGCCAUACUGUAACUUACUCACUCGUUCGCGAGAACGGACUGACAUGGAGUACUAGUAGGUUAGUAUACGGAGCACUGUUCUGCGAAACCCACCCAACUCAUUUUCUAGAUGUUCUAGGUGCACAAAACGCUACUAGUUCUCCUCCUCUCCGCGGACUUCAAACUGCCUACCUACCUACCUACCUACCUAUACUCCAGUACGACGAUAGUCUGUCAGCUGGGAUGUUCUGAAACAAACGGGGGCUUUCUUUCGCUAAUUCUUCUCGCAUUUUUACCGAUAUCGUCGCGGGGUCAAGUCGCCUCCUCGCAGCAUGGAUAACUCGUCUAGUAGUGAUACUAUCGCUGAGGGUAGGGAGGGCACUGGUAGUCGCCCUUCUUGUGCUUCGCAUGCGCACCUCACUACCGAGAUCGAGGCGCAAACUCGGACCGGAGGACCGGAGGGGACAGGAACACAGAGCUCGCAUGGAGCUGCAGCAGAACUGGUACUACUUGGGAACGGCGCUCGCGGAUCUCAAGGUGGUUGUGGGAGUGAGGCAGGAGAAGAGAAAACAGGCGGGAAUGUUGCGACUCGCGACGCAGCAGUGCGUGAUGGACCGCCGCCGGAUGGAGGGCUUCGUGCGUGGUGGACGGUUGCUGGAGGGUUUUGUGGGCUGUUUGUGAGUUUUGGGUGGAUUAAUUGUAUCGGGGUUUUCAUCGACUACUACAAAACUCACCAGCUGAGAGACUUUCCAACCAGCACCAUCACAUGGAUCACUUCGCUGGAGAUCUUUAUGAUGUUUUUCGGGGGUCCCGUUGUAGGAGCCCUAUUCGACAACUUUGGCCCUCGCUGGAUUCUCAUCAUCGGCUCCUUCUUCCACGUCUUCGGACUAAUGAUGACCUCCAUUUCCUCCGAAUACUACCAGUUCCUGCUCGCCCAAGGCAUCUGCAGCCCCAUCGGCACAAGUGCAAUCUUCCACGCCUGCCUCAACUCCGUAAGCACCUGGUUUAGACGCCGUCGAGCUCUCGCCCUCGGAAUCACAACCUGCGGCUCGAGCUUCGGGGGGAUCAUCUUCCCCAUCAUGGUGACUCGGCUGAUUCCGAUCCUGGGGUUCGGCUGGGCCAUGCGGAUCUGCGCAUUCACAAGCCUGUUCCUUCUCAUCAUCACGAAUCUGACCACGCAGUCGAGAUUAGAACAUCGCAGGAAGCCCUUCCACCCGGGAGACUUUCUGCGUCCGCUUCGUGAAAUUCCCUUCUUGCUUACCACUGCAGGGUCUUUCGCGGUAUACUGGGGUCUGUUUCUGCCGUUUGCGUUUAUUCCAACUCAAGCAGAAAGAUAUGGCAUGUCGUCGUAUCUAGCGUCGUACCUGAUUCCGAUUUUGAAUGCAGCAAGUGUCUUCGGAAGAAUCCUUCCACCGUACCUCGCUGACCUGCUCGGCCGCUUCAACCUUAUGAUCCUCACCUCUCUAUUCGGCGUCAUCGUAGUCCUCGCCCUCUGGCUCCCAUCCCGCGGAAACGCCCCGGCAAUCACAUUCGCCGCACUGUACGGGUUCAGUUCUGGGGCGGUGGUUUCUCUAGCCCCGGCUCUGGUCGCCCAGAUCUCGGAUAUCCGGGAGAUCGGUAUUCGGAGCGGAACUUAUUUCGCGAUUAUCGCGUUUGCUGCGUUGACGGGGAUGCCGAUUGCUGGUGCACUUUUGCCUGACCCGUUGCAGGGUUCGUAUUUGAAGUUGGAUAUUUUCUGUUCUGUUGUCAUGUUUGGUGGAGUUGUUUUUUAUAUUCUGGCGAGGUGGAGGAUUAGUGGGUGGGGGUUGACAGCUAAAGUAUGAGGGGAAAAAAAAAUAGACACUGGGAAUUGGUUAUUUCUUCUUGCUCAUUCGUUCAAGCAAUGAAACUGGAUAUGGGUUGGAUACCGAAAGGAUUCCGCAGAAUUGAUAUUUGAAUUGAGCAUGCUAGCAAAAUG